AAAUCUAAAACGAAAUGAAACGUAUUCCCCCACAAAAAGAUAGCAGGACACACGCCGGCGGCGUGCCACCUUCAACUGCCCCAACCCAAAACCACCACCUCAAAACACAACCGCCGCUGCAAGAAUUCACUGAAGAACCGAAGGAUAGCAAAACCGAAUAGAUAGAUUGUGAAGAAAGUGAAUAAUCGUUUCCCUUCAAAUAUGGCGGCAGUUUCGGAAAACGAGAGCUCAUUACCAAAAACCAUUAUACCUGACGAAUGGUCCGAUGCAGCUGAGGCCAUAGCCUAUGACGCCGUUGCUUUUCCGAUUAUUUUGGUCUGUGGACCUAAGAACAGCGGCAAAACCACUUUCUCCCGACACAUCGUCAACGUUCUUCUUCAGAGGCACAAAAGAGUGCCCUACCUCGAUACUGAUGUUGGACAGACAGAGUUUACUCCUCCUGGUCUCCCGUCUCUUACUGUCAUCGACAAAAUACCGCCAGGCAAACAGAAUGAAUAUGAAAAUGAUUUUUCUUUGGUGAUAUCUCUUCGAAAAGGGACCCAACCAUCUAUUUGACUUAUAUAUUGGCCUUGUAUGAGUAUUAUAUGAAAGAAUACUGCACGGGUGACAACACAGCAACUCAGGGAAGUGUUGGAUUGCCACUUGUCAUAAAUACCCCUGGGUGGGUAAAAGGUAUCGGUUAUGAACUACUUGUAGACAUGCUAAAACAAAUGUCUCCAACCCAUGUAGUUAAGAUUCGAAUAUCGGCCGAGAGCAAAAAUUUACCAGCUGGGGCAUUUUGGUUAGAUGAGGGGAAUGCUGAUUCCGUGACUGUCAUUGAGGUCAGUGCUGCUCUCCAGGACUAUUUGAAGAGAUCGGUGUUGGUCCGAAAAGAUGCACGCCUUCUACGUGAUCUACGUGUAAUGGCAUACUUCAGGCAAUGCUUCCCAAGCGAUUUGACUGUGUCCACGAUCAAGGAACUUGCUCGUGCAUUGGCCACUCACCCUCCUUAUGAAGUUCCUAUAUCAAGCAUCAAAAUCAAACACCUUCACUGCCAGUUAGACUCAGCUACUCAGAUCUUUGCAUUUUUUUCAAGAACACUGAAUUGUGAGUUUGAAUGCAAGCAUUGUUGGUCUGGGAGUCAGUUCAGUGUCCGACCGAUUUCCUCAAUGUGUUGGCUUGGGGAUAGUGAGAGGCAUCGACACUUUCAGUGGGGUGCUCCAUGUUAUAACCCUGUUCCACAGAAGUUUCUGGAAGAUGUUGAUCUGUUACUUCAAGGGUUUAUUCAAAUUCCGAAUGCUUUACUUCAGGUACAAGGUUGUGUUUCUCCAUACAUGUCUGCAAACGUGAUCUCUACUAAUUAUAAAGUUUUCAGAUAUAUUGCUUCUUUUACAGCUAAUUUGAAUUCACUAGCUGUACAUCAAUCUAUUUGUAAUCUGAAAAUAUUUAACUUGAAAUGACAUUAGUUCACUGCUAGGG